GCACAGGAGCUGGCUGGCAGUGGGGGCUGCUCGGGGAGGAGGAAUUUGCUCCAGCACUUCACGGACUGCAGGUGGGGCACUCGCUAAGUCCCGGCCUCUCCAAAUGUAGGAAACCCUAUUGGGCAGCCAUGGAGUGGGACAAUGGCACCGGCCAGGCUCUGGGCUUGCCACCUACCACCUGCGUCUACAGCGAGAACUUCAAGCGACUGCUGCUGCCACCUGUGUAUUCAGUGGUGCUGGCGGCUGGCCUGCCCCUGAACUUCUGUGUCAUCGCCCAGAUUUGCACAUCCCGCCGGGCCCUGACCCGCACAGCCGUGUACACCCUAAACCUAGCCCUAGCCGACCUGCUGUAUGCCUGCUCCCUGCCCCUGCUCAUCUACAACUACGCCCAAGGCGACCACUGGCCCUUUGGUGACCUCGCCUGCCGCCUGGUCCGCUUCCUCUUCUACGUCAACCUGCACGGCAGCAUCCUCUUCCUCACCUGCAUCAGCUUCCAGCGCUACCUGGGCAUCUGCCAUCCACUGGCUCCCUGGCACAAGUGUGGGGGCCACCGGGCUGCCUGGCUAGUGUGUAUAGCCGUGUGGCUGGCUGUGACAGCCCAGUGCCUGCCCACAGCUGUCUUUGCCGCCACAGGCAUCCAGCGUAACCGCACCGUCUGCUACGACCUGAGCCCACCUGCCCUGGCCACCCACUACAUGCCCUACGGCAUGGCCCUCACGGUCAUCGGCUUCCUGCUGCCCUUUGCAGCUCUGCUGGCCUGCUACUGUCGCCUGGCUCGCCGCCUGUGCCGCCAGGACGGCCCAGCAGGGCCCGUGGCCCAGGAGCGGCGUGCUAAGGCGGCCCGCAUGGCUGUGGUGGUAGCAGCCACCUUUGCCAUCAGCUUCCUGCCUUUCCACGUCACUAAGACAGCCUACCUGGCGGUGCGCUCCACACCAGGUGUCCCCUGCCCCGUGCUGGAGGCCUUUGCAGCCGCCUACAAAGGCAUGCGGCCCUUUGCCAGCGCCAACAGUGUGCUCGAUCCCAUCCUCUUCUACUUCACCCAGAAGAAGUUCCGCCAGCGGCCGCGUGAGCUAAUACGGAAACUCACAGUCAAAUGGCAGCGGCGGGGUCGCUGAGUCCACCAGGGCAGGACUCCCAGGGCCCGGGCAGCUAUCCAGAAGCCCCACCAACCCCCAACCAUGCAGAGAAUUAGAGUUCGGUUCAGCUGGGCAUGGAGUAAAGUCCCUCACAGACCCCAGAACCUCACUGACAACUAUUUAUUGAGCCCUUUCUCUGGACCAGGCCCUAUGGGCACAGAGACAGGUCUGGGCCCAGCUCUUGAGAAGUCAGCCAUGGGGAGCUGGGGAAACUGCAUUAAACUGCUCACAAAAAUAUAGUGUGACAU